AAGAGGAAAAAGAGUGAAAGCGAAAGAGAAACACGGAGGAAAGAGAGGAAAUUUACUUCUGACCUAGAUUGUUAACGCUGCAACGAGAAUUCGCGAGAGUUAGCAACGAAAUAUAUUGCGUAGGAAUACACUGUAGGCCCGCUAUCGUUAAGACAGGAGGGAACUAUUUUUUUCUGUCCGGCUGGCCUCCCAGCAAUAGUUGAAAUUUCUGUAGCAGUUUGUGAUUCACUCUUUAAUCACUCUAAAUCGUCGUCUUCUUUCAAUCAUCAGAAAUGUCGGAUAGGGAGCAAAUGGUUUACAAGGCCAAAUUGGCUGAACAGGCUGAAAGAUAUGACGAAAUGGUGGAAAGCAUGAAAGAGGUGGCCGACCAGGGGAUUGAAUUAUCUGUGGAGGAAAGAAACCUUUUAUCAGUUGCAUAUAAAAAUGUGAUAGGUGCUCGUCGAGCCUCCUGGAGAAUUGUCAGCAGUCUAGAGCAAAAGGAAGAAGCUAAAGGCAGUGAACAGCGAGUAAAUUUGAUUAGAGCCUACAGAGAAAAGAUUGAAGGUGAACUUCAAGAUAUUUGCAAUGAUGUUUUAGCUGUUUUGGAUAAGAAACUUUUAACUAAUGCUUCAACUGGAGAAUCUAGAGUGUUUUAUUACAAAAUGAAAGGUGAUUACCAUCGCUACUUGGCAGAAUUUGCCACUGGGGAGGAGAGGAAGGACGCUGCUGACAAUAGUUUACUUGCCUACAAGGCGGCAAGUGAAUAUGCCUUAAAGGACCUACCUCCCACCCACCCGAUACGAUUAGGCUUGGCACUCAAUUUCUCUGUCUUCUAUUAUGAGAUCUUCAAUACACCUGACCGUGCUUGUCGAUUGGCCAAGUGUGCAUUUGAUGAAGCAAUUGCUGAGCUGGAUACGCUGAGUGAAGAGAGCUACAAAGAUUCCACCCUUAUAAUGCAGCUACUGAGAGACAACCUCACUCUCUGGACAUCAGAUAUGCAGGCUGAAGAUUGUGAACAUAAAGCUGAGGGGCAACCAGAAGGUGAGACAGAGGAAGUGUCAUAAACAGCAACCCAUUUAGUUGAAUCUAUUUGCACAUGAAACAGAAUAAUAAUAAUAAUGAUAAUAUUAAUAAGAAUAAUAUAAUAAUAAUAAUAAUAUAAUAA